UUUCAUUAUAAAAUCCCGGACGCCACGCUCGCUGCCGCGGCACUACCUUCACGCCUACACUCCCGAGGCUCCUCCUUUUCUUGCUGUCUUCUUCCACACAACCCCUCCUUGGCUCCCCCCCUAAAACCCCAUUUGCUCGCCGCUCAUGUCUACCCUCAGUGCCGUCAUCGCUUGGGGCUCAGGCGAAGAUGGGCAGCUUGGGCUCGGAGACAACGAGGAGAAGGACUGUGUCUGCGACAUCAGCGCUCUCUACCCUCACGAAGUUCGCUCCGUCGUCGCCGGGAGCCGAAACUCUCUCGCCAUUUGCGAGGAUGGCCAGUUGUUUACAUGGGGUUGGAACCAGAGAGGGACUCUUGGGCAUCCGCCAGAAACCAAGACUGAGAAUACCCCAAGCCAGGUUAAAGCUCUUGCCAAUGUCAAGAUUGUUCAGGCGGCUAUUGGUGGUUGGCAUUGUCUUGCUGUUGAUGAUCAAGGUCGUGCUUACGCAUGGGGUGGGAAUGAGUAUGGACAGUGUGGUGAAGAACCUGGGAGGAAAGAUGACACUGGGAAGCCCUUGAGAAGGGAUAUUGUGAUUCCCCAACGCUGUGCUUCCCAACUCAUAGUUCGCCAGGUGGCCGCUGGAGGUACCCACUCUGUGGUACUUACACACGAUGGACAAGUAUGGACGUGGGGUCAACCAUGGCCACCAGGUGACAUAAAACAGAUUUCUGUUCCAGUGCGAGUACAAGGUCUUGAAAAGGUAAGGCUUAUUUCAGUUGGUGCAUUUCACAAUAUGGCCCUUCAAGAAGAUGGAACUUUGUUGGCAUGGGGUAAUAAUGAGUAUGGACAACUUGGCACUGGUGACACUCAACCUAGAUCUCAGCCUGUCAUUGUUCAUGGGCUCGCUGGUCUUACUCUGGUUGAUAUUGCUGCUGGAGGAUGGCAUUCUACAGCGUUGACAGAUGAUGGAGAGGUAUAUGGAUGGGGAAGAGGUGAACACGGGAGGCUUGGUUUUGGAGAUAAUGAUAAGAGCAGUAAGAUGGUUCCCCAGAAGGUCCAUCUCCUGACUGGGGAAGACAUUAUUCAGGUGUCUUGCGGGGGCACACAUUCAGUCGCAUUAACACGUGAUGGGCGUAUGUUUUCGUUUGGUCGAGGUGACCAUGGGCGCCUUGGGUAUGGAAGGAAAGUGACGACAGGCCAGCCAGGGGAGGUGCCGAUAAAUCUGCCCCCUCCGGGAAAUCUCAAUGGGACUGAAGCUGAAGGGAGUUGGGUUGCCAAGCUUGUUGCCUGCGGAGGACGGCAUACCCUGGCGAUUGUGGAGUGGCAGACUCACGAAACCAAGUAAUAUGCAUAUUCCAGGGUUACCUAGUCAUCUGUAGAAAUCGGGAAACAAAGAUGAUUCCCAGAUUAAUACUGAAAAUGCCGACGUGUAAGAUACACAAAACAUGUUCCUCCCCCAGUCUUGAUAUCAAGGAUAUUAAGGGUGUGAUUUUCAAAUAAUAUGUCGUGGUGGCGGUGGUGAUGAUGCUCUAGGCGUGUUUUUUCUUUGAAUGAUUUGAAUUUAUACACUAGUUUUGUUCAUGA